GCAGAGUGGCUGAGGCCGUGGAGCAGACCCACCGGGAGCCAGAUGAACAGAGAGGUCUGCGUGCACACCUGGCCGUGCUCCUACUACUUAGAGCUGGACAAGCGAUGGGUCCCUGGAAAGCUUUCCUUAACCUCCUGCUCCCUGAAGUUUGCGGCUGAUGAGGCCCAGGAGACGCUGGUGAGUUUCCUGCUGUCUGGCAUCACUGCGAUCAAGAAGGAGGCUUCUCACUUCGUCUUCAGCUCCAUCACCGUCCUGGAGAAGGACAACCGCAAGCACUGGUUCAGCUCCCUGCAGCCCAGUCGCAAUGCCGCAUUCAGUGUCAUCGAGCAUUUCUGGAGAGAGCUGCUGCUCUCCCAGCCGGAAGCACCGCUUCCUGCAACCAAGGGGAAGGAGCUGACUGGCCUCAUGGCCUGUUCCCAGAAGCGCCUGGAGGACACGGCCAGAGUCCUCCACCAUCAGGGCGAGCAGCUGGACAGCAUCACCAGGGGCCUGGACAAGAUGGAAUCCGACCUGGACGUGGCUGACAGGUUGCUGACAGAGCUGGAGUCCCCUUCCUGGUGGCCCUUUAGCUCCAAGCUUUGGAAGAUGCCAUCAGAAACAAAGCUUAAGGGAGACACUUCAACGGCUAGUCCCAGAGCUCUUGGGAAGGAAGGGGUAGUGGUCAGAAUUCCUGCUGUUGUCUCCCAGAGAACAGCAUCCCAUGUCAAACCAGGGAGUCUCACUGUCCUAGUGUCUGGACUGGAAAUCUAUGAUUCGAGUUCUGUGCUCAUGCACAGGUUCGAAAGAGAAGACGUGGAUGACAUUAAGGUUCACACGCCCUAUGAGAUCAGCAUCCGCCAGCGGUUCAUUGGGAAACCUGACAUAGCCUAUCACUUGAUAUCUGCCAGGAUGCCAGAGGCCAUCCCCGUUUUGGAGGUGCAGUUCAGCAAAAAGAUGGAAGUGUUAGGAGACGCCCUGACACCCAGCAGCACCAAAACCUCCUCCCCAGCAGAGAAGGGCUGCUCCAUGUGGCACACAGCGUCUGGGCUGAUGGACCGGGCCGUGCACCACGAGCCCUGCCCAGGCAGCCAGGACGGCCAGCCACUCCAGCUGCAGACGACCCAGCCGUUCAUUUCCGAGGGGGACGCCCAGGAACUGAGACAGAUGCCGUUACAGUUGUUACGUGGAAAGCAGUUCGGAUGCUGACAGAGACGACCGGCUGUGGUUUCCCCGGGGCCAGCGUGCUCAGCGCAGCGGGCCAGCUCUCACCGCGGCAGCCACUGUCCACGGGGACUGGAAGAGGCACCGGAUUCCCUGGACGGGUUUGGCAGAGCGCCGUGAACCAUGUCUCGCGUCUGAUGCGCUGGCCUUUCCUGCCUUGGGACUGCGGCCUGUUUGUCAGGACAGCAGUGUCCGCUGCCUGCUGGAUGCAGUUCUCCCCUCGCUGGGAGUUUUCUCCAUCAUGUCUUAACCCCCACUGCCCUGUCUGCUCCUGAUCUAGCUUUCCCUGCUGACCGUGGUACAGGGACCGCAGCCUGACGUGUAGCCACAGACGUGGCAAAGGAGGGUUCACCAGAUACUCCUGCCCUUCCUAUAACGGGGGUGCAGGGUGAGGACCUGGGCUGUGAGCUCACGGUCCCCAUUCUGGGGGUGGGGGUGAGGACCCGGGCUGUGAGGUCACAGUCCCUGUACUGGGAGUGUGGGGUGAUGAGGACCCGGGCUGUGAGCACACGGUCCCCUUUCUGGGGGUACAGGGUGAGGACCCGGGCUGUGAGCUCAUGGUCCCCAUUCUAGGGGUGCAGAGUGAGGACCCGGGCUGUGAGGUCACGGUCCCCAUUCUGAGGGUGUGGGGUGAGGACCCAGGCUGUAAGGUCUCGGUCCCCAUUCUGGGGGUGCGGGGUGAGGACCCAGGCUGAGGUCACAGUCCCCAUUCUGGGGGUGCAGGGUGAGGACCCAGGCUGUGAGGUCACGGUCCUCAUACUGGGGGUGCAGGGUGAGGACCCGGGCUGUGAGGUCACGGUCCCCAUACUGGGGGUGAGGGGUGAGGACCCGGGCUGUGAGGUCACAGUCCCCAUGCUGGGGAUGCGGGGUGAGGACCCAGACUGUGAGGUCACGGCCCCUGUUCUAGGGGUGUGGGGUGAGGACCCGGGCUGUGAGGUCACGGUUCCCGUUCUCGAGGUGCAGGGUGAGGACCCGGGCUGUGAGGUCACGGUCCCCGUACUGGGGGUGCGGGGUGAGGACCUGGGCUGUGAGCUCACAGUCCCCAUUCUGAGGGUGUGGGGUGAGGACCCGCACUAUGAGGUCAUGGUCCCCGUACUGGGAGUGUGGGAUUAUGAGAACCCGGGCUGUGAGGUCACAGUCCCCAUACUGGGGGUGAGGGGUGAGGACCUGGGCUGUGAGCUCACGGUCCCCUUUCUGGGGGUGCAGGGUGAGAACCCAGGCUGUGAGGUCUCGGUCCCCUUUCUGGGGGUGCAGGGUGAGGACUCGGGAUGUGAGAUCCCGGUGAGAUCAUGGAGGGGCAUUGGCGUAGGCAGGCAGGCAGGCACCUUGCUGGACUGGGCUCUGCUCGGGGACAGGAACUGCUGGUGUCCUUACUGGCCAAGAGGCUGGAUUCAGUGCCCUGAGCUGUUUGGAGUGACUGCUGAUGUUUGAGCAGUGGGUGCUGAACUCAUUUCAGGUUUCUACCCUUCCCCCUGCCCAUUCUCUUACUGUCCUGUAUCUUCCCCUGAACCCUUCCAAGUCAUUUUCAUCACUUAUGGGAAAAGCAGUGCUGCUUUGUGGGGUGUGGGAGGUUACGAUGCCACUCGUAUUUAUGGUUUUGAUGCCAGUCCAGAUACUACUGGUGAGUUAGGCCCCUCUUUUCAGUAUCUGUUACUUUGUAAGUUACUAAAAAUGCCCUGACAUCA